CUUUCUCUCUCUAACGCCAUCUACCACUCUACAAGAAGAACCCAUUCUCCCCCUCACCGCCUCCACUCUUCUGAAAGAUUCAUCUCUCUCUCUCUCUCUCCUCUUUUUCUCUCUCUAGAACCGGCCAAAAACUCUCUCUCACUCUGUUUUCGUUUUUUUUUUUGACAAAUUUCAAGCUGGCGAUCGAAAACCACGAUAAUACUGUCCGUGAAAUCAAGCCCAAGAGCAGAAGAAUCAUGGGUGCUGGAGGUCCUGAUGAUGAAGACAACCGAUGGCCGCCAUGGCUAAAACCUCUACUAAGAGAAACCUUCUUCGUUCAAUGCAAACACCACAUCGAUUCCCACAAAAGCGAAUGCAAUAUGUACUGUUUAGACUGUAUGAACGGCGCUCUCUGUUCUCUUUGCCUCAACUUUCACAAAGAUCAUCGUGCCAUUCAGAUUCGAAGGUCUUCUUACCAUGAUGUGAUCAGAGUUUCUGAGAUUCAAAAGGUUUUGGACAUUUCUGGUGUCCAAACUUACAUUAUCAACAGCGCUAGAGUCGUGUUCUUGAACGAAAGGCCUCAGCCGCGUCCUGGCAAAGGCGUCACGAACACUUGUGAAGUCUGUGAACGCAGCCUCCUUGAUUCCUUUCGAUUCUGUUCCCUUGGCUGCAAGAUAGUCGGGACAUCGAGGAGUUUCCAGAAGAAGAGGGUGGCGGGAGUAGUGGGUAUGGCGGGUGUCGCCGCCACAAUGGCGGUAUCGGACUCGGAGGACUCGUACAGUAGUAGCAAUCACAGGCGGAGCAAGAGCAACAACAGCCACAACAGCAACAAAUUUCAGAGUUUUAGUCCUUCGACGCCGCCUCCGACAUCAAUUAACUAUAGGACGGCAAAACGGAGGAAGGGAAUCCCACAUCGAGCUCCGAUGGGAGGGCUAGUUUUAGAAUAUUAGUAUUAUUACUUUCUCUUAAUUACUCUUAAGACCCCUGAAAUGUAAUGUAAUUGCCACGAUGCUCCUCUCCGAUGCCUGAAGCUUUGUGAAAGAGGCCGGUGUUGGAGGCUUACUUUUAGAGCUUUACUUUUAGAGCUUUGUAUAUAGAAGAAGCAUAGAUAUGGGGAAGAAGAAGG